AUGACCUGGCGUUUCACUGGUAGCUGCUGGUGCAGACCCGAAUGCCAGGAUACAUCUAUCUUCUUAUCUUUUAGAUAUCAGAUGAAAAGUUUAACAACUUUUUCAAUAUUCAGGAUGGAGAAUCUUGAUGGAGUAGCCUUCAUUCUUCAUUCUGCACUUUUAUUACACAGAAAAUACAGUGGAAAUUUCUUGGUUGAUCUAUUGGGAAAGUGGAAGGAGUCUGAAUACUCUGGACAAUCUGUCCCUAUUGGUGGCAUCGCUUACUAUGUCACUGCACCUUCAAGAUAUAGCGGUUGGAUCAGUUUGGCAGAUAUGGCAGCAAACCCAUUUCAUGCUCUUUUGUACUUGGUGUUCAUGCUGACAGCUUAUGCUCUAUCUCUAUUCUCAAAAACUUGGAUUGAAGUUUCGGGAUCAUGUGCUAGAGAUGUGGCGAAGCAACUUAAGGAGCAACAAAUAGUCAUGUUGCUGAGAUAUAAUUUUGGAUCAAACCCAGCAGGUUCUUUUAGCGUAAUGCUUCGCUUAGGAUUUGGACAACCUAUCAAAGUUAAUUGGGCAUAUGUCAAUGUACAAAGGGAGGACACAUCAGGUCAUUAUAACAUAUUUGUUGGUGAUCUUAGCCCUGAGGUUACUGAUGCUAUGUUGUAUGCACGCUUCUCUGUCUAUUCUAAUUGUUCGUGA